CAAGAACUCGUUUCAUUAGUUUUUAUAAAGAAUCUCGUUUUUUAUUUUCCGGAUUUAUGUGGUUCUUGUCUCUUGUCUCUUUCGAUUUCUUUCUGCUGCUAGUUUGUGUUGCUUUGUGAAGCUGCUGAUGUUCUGAUGUUCUUGGUGCUGCUUUGGAGUGGUGUUGGGUGCUGCUGGGUUUUUUUUGUGCUGGCUGCUGGGUUCUUUGCUUAUCCUUUGUGUAGUUGCUGCUGGUGUUUUUUCCUGGUUCAAUUUCUUUGUCUUUGGCUCUGUUUUGGCUCCCCUUGCUUUAGCUGCUUUGGGUUGAGUCGCUUGUAAAGGGCUGAGUCUGGUACUAAUGAGGAUGGGAGUACUUGGUACAGAGAAAGUGGGGAGGACUUGGGCGAGAAUGGAUCGAUGUAGAUGGACAAGAAUGGGAGGUCAUCUCAUGAUUGUUCCUCUGAAUGGAAAGAAACGUGGUGGGAGAAAGGUGACUGGACCGGAUACAAAGAGCUAGGUGUGGAGAAAUCUGGAAGAAAUGCUGAAGGUGAUUCAUGGUGGGAAACAUUGCAAAAGCAAUUUAGCAAGGAUAGAGAGAAGGCCCAGAAACAAGCCAAAACAGGCACUGAAUAUGCUGGAUGGUUUGAGAAAUGGUGGGAAAAGAAUGAUGCUGAAGGUUGGACUGAGAAAAGGGCACAUGAGUAUGGUAGACUGAAUGAACAGUCAUGGUGGGAGAAGUGGGGAGAGCAUUAUGGUGGAAGAGGAUCUGUUCUCAAAUGGUUAUCAGCUGUCCUAAUUUUCCUUGAUGAUAAUAUGCAGCAUGCUGCAUGUGCAGGAAAAGGCACUCAGCUUCAAGCAUAUCCCCUCCUCAACAACGUUCAGUUUCGAAGAUCAAUGAACCCGGGCUGUUGUAUGAUGGGACAAAUUCACCACUACAUACACUACAAGACAACCAAUGAAGCUGAGACAAUGCAAAAAUAA